AUGCUCAUGCAGACAGCCAUCGGGCUCCUGCGAGUGGUCUGCCUGCCCCUUUUGCUGCUUGCGUGGUGUGCUGCCUUGCUUCCCCUCCUGAAGAGGGCACUGCUCCCCGUCUACCUCUAUCUCGCCUUCCAGCUUUGCCCCAGGAGAAAAGACUACCAGAUUCACUGCAGCGCGCUCUUGCGCGGUGCGCUGUGUGCCGCUAGCUGGGCAGCAGCAAGGGCAGGCGGCCUCUCCUCAGGAGCUGCAGGAGUCGCGGGUGGGGGGGCGACAGUAUCUCCCCUCGCUGCUGCGAACGUCGCAGCUCCCAGCCUCUUGGCGCUUACCACGUGUCUUUUCCACAAAGACAGCAACAGCAGCAGCGGCAGUAGCAAGAACGAGGCCUUCGGCUUUUGCCUCAAUUGCUUUUCCUUCUUCGGAAGCCCAGCGGCUGCAGCCGCUAGCUGCAGCAGCAGCAGCAGCAGGGCAGCAGCAGCAGCAGAGGCAGUCGCAGCAGCAGCUGAGUACUGUCGUUGUAUGCCACCAGCUCUCGCCCUUGCUGCGUUGUUGUCUUCUAAUUUCGACGCCUUUGCGUCUUGCGUGUUGGGGGCCUCUUUGUGCGAGUCUUGCGGACAGAGCAACGCAGUGGGAGCUGUUGCUGCGGCGUGUUGUAUUGCCACGCCAGUGUCAGCAUCUGCUGCAGCAGCUUCUGCAGCAGCAGACACUGCGAGCGCCUCGUGCCCGCUCCCUCCAAGAGCUGAGGAGUUUUGGGGGGGAGAAUUGCAGCUGCUGCGCUGGUUGUCGCUGCGAGCUUUGAAUGGGGCCUUGUUAGACUAUCGCUUGCUGGGGAUUGCAGCCGCUCGUUAUCAUGCGCAGUGCAUGGCGAUCAUCCUUCAAGGCGACUCUCUUCGCCCCCCGCAGCAGCUGGCGCGGCAGAUUCUCGUGCAGCAGCAGCAGCAAGCGGUGCAGCAGCAGCAGCAGCGGCAUGCAGCGGGGGCAGGAACGCCGAAGCGGGGACGGCACAGUCAUGGCUUUCCAGCCGUCGGUACACCCCGUCGACCGGGAGCUUCGGGGGUGCUGGCGUCGGCGCAUGCAGCGGCAGCAGCUGCGUUUUCGUGUGUGCACCAGGUCGGCAGAACGGGCUGGUGGGGUUGCUGCUGUCUCUGCAGUGCCAACCUCGUCGUGGAUUUGCACCCCCCGCCUCCCGAAGUGCUCGUAGGCUUUGGUCCGUCGCAAGGCCAUGCUUUCUUCUACCUGCACGCCUUCGAGCGGUGCACCUGCUUGGAGCGCAGCAGCAGCAGCAGUGGCAGUGGCAGCGGCAGCGGCAGUGGCAGUGGCAGCGGCAGCGGCAGCAUCUGCCGCGGCAGUAGCGGCACGAGCAAGAGGGAGCCAUGGACUGUCAAUCCUGCGAAACGCAGCAGCGUGCAGGGAGGCAGCGCGAGGGGGGCUGCCGCGGAGGCGCUGUCGGGAGUAGUGCAGCUGAGGCAGGCACUGCUGCCUGUGCAUCUGCACGAGCCACACUGCAUUAUGGGGUUUCAGUCCUCCGGUGCAGCAGCUGCUGCCUCAGCUGCCGAGCUGAGUGCAGCCUAUCUGCGCUUGCUGCUGCUCCUGGUAGGAGGCAUCGCGCAUGACAGCAGCCCUUCCCCUGUGGACUGUCUCGACAGCGGUCCUUCCUGUCCAGGCACAUGGAGCAGCCGCGAUUGGACUGCCCUCUUCGUCUUCGAGACGCUGGAGUCGUUCUUAAGGCCGCAUAUCACCGCUGCUGCAGCGAUGACAGCCGCUGGGAGCAAGCCCAGCAGCCUCUGCAGCACGAACAGCGGUUACAGCGAAGCAAGCGGUGGCGGAGGUUCUCCAGAAGACGCAGGAGGCCUCUUCAAGAGACUGACGCCCACUGGCGUGGACGUGAGUCUGCUUCUAGGGGCACUGCGCAAGGCGUAUUGCGCGUUGCAGCAACAGCAACAGCAGCAGCAACAGCAACAGCAACAAGAGCAGCAACGGCAGCAGCAACAGCUCCUCCUCUACGGAGAUGCGGAUGCUGCCCUUACCAGCAGCAGCAGCGAAGCCGCCACUCCGCGGAUACGCCAGGAACAACUGCAACAACAGCAGCAGCAAGAGCAGCAGGAGCAGCAAGAGCAGCAGGAGCAGCAAGAGCAGCAGGAGCAACAAGGAUUCUUUCCUCCCUGUCAGGUCGUUUUGGAAGAAGUUCUCUUAAGGACGCAGCGCCACUUUACCCGCAGGAGUAGCCUUAGCAGCGUGAGCAGCAGCGAUACCAACGGCCAUCUUUUUGCUACCAGCAGCGUUAGCGGCAAACUUGCGAGCAACACGAAGUCGAGCGGCGGAGGCGAGAGCUCCUCCUUGUGCAGCAAUGGCAGCAGGGGCCCACCUCCUCCUGCCGAUGGCUUGGGUGCAGCCUUCGCCGAUUCCAGCACUGCAAAGGCAGCAGGAGACAGUGCUUCAGCGUCUGGGGAAGCUGAAGAUAGCGUUUCUUUGGUGCUCCCCGAGUUGCAUCCCCGUGCGUGCGCACUGCAGCAGUCUCUUCACCUGUUUGCCGCUGCGUUGCUGGCCGCUUUAAGGAGGGCAGACGCGCUGCUGCUGCUUUGCCGUCGGGAGCAGCUGCAUCUCGGGGAAACUCAGAAGCGAUUUCUCCGCGAGGCAGUCGAACGCUAUGGCACAUGGGCAGAAGAAUACACGAGCUGCGCAGCAGAGUGA